AUGACAAUCUCAGUACGAGCUCUGCGCAAUAUCACCGACGCGCUUAGCUUCACGUUCGGCGCGGCAACGUUCGCGACCGCUCUCUCCGCCGUCUGCAUCGCGGGAUCUUGGGAACGCAUCAUCUCGGGCUACGCCGCCCAGCUCAUCUGCGGCACUGUCUUUGGCGCGGUGGCUAUUGCUUACUACAUCUCCUCUCUUUCCGUGACAGCUGCCAAGCCGCAAUCACGCUUCACAUCCUUGUUUACGUCUGUUCUCGUGCGCGGGUUCCUCUUUGUCUUCGGCGCCGCCAUGGCCGGAUACCAGUCCACCAUCUUCACGGGCGUACGCGAGUGCAGACGCUACCGGCGCCUGAACAUCGAUGGCAACCCCGGACCAGCGGCAAACUGUAAUCUCCCUCUCGCCGCUGGCAUCCUGGCGUGGAUCACCGUCGGCGUGAUUGCCAUCUCGGUCGUGGUCGAGAUCGCGGUCAUCACGAGCAGAUACGGCAACACGAAGCGGACUUGGCGAUCCAGCAUUGCCGCGCUCGAACACGGCACCGAGCCGAGCGCGGCCCAUUCCGCCGCGGGGUCUGGGAUUGCCCAUCCUCCUCUCCUUGUUAGAGCACGGAACUCCGACGCGACGUUGCGGCUCGAAGACUUGCCGGAUCCGAAUCGCGCACAGACGCAGAAGGGGAGUGCCAAGCGGGGCUCACGGGCCUCAACGCCAUGUUCGCAGUGUCGUUGGGAGGCUCAGCCUGCAGUGCAUCUUUCUGGCUCUAUACUUCUCAACCCAUCGCUCAUCCUCCCUUUGUUUCCACUGAAUAUGACGCCGCCCGUGACGAUAUCGGCCCGCACUCUUCGUCUCUGUACCGAUACCCUUGGCUUUCUCCUCGGUGCUGCCACAUUUGCUACGGCGCUCGCUGCCCUCAUGAUUGCCGCGUACUGGGAGCGGAUCAUGUCUCGAUAUGCUGAUCAACUGAUCUGCGGGAUCGUCUUUGGUGCCGUCGCAUUCUUGUACUUCGUGUCUUCAAAACCGUCGUCUCGCUUCACCUCCCUCCUUAGUUCUUUCGUUGCGCGGGAGCUGCUCGUUGCUCUCGGCGCCGCGCUGGCCGGAUACCAGUCCGAGCUAUUCCACGGCGUGCGCGUGUGCAACAGGUACAUGAGCAGCAACCCCUCGUUCACUCCCGCCAUCAACUGCCGCAUGCCCUUCGUCGCUGGCAUUCUCGCGUGGGUCACUGUCGGGGCUAUCGCGCUCGGCGUCGGACUCGAGAUCGCAGUCGUCACGAGCAGGUACCCCAACACGAAGCGUAUCUGGCGCUCUAGCCUCGCGGAGCUCGAAGGAAGCACGGAGGCGUACAGAAACACGGCACCCCGCGUGCUGAAGGAGUAG